GAAAGAACAAUGUGCACAUUGGGGGCGGCCUUCAAACACCGGAGCACAGAGCGCACGGUUAUAGCAUCAUUGCUCGCUUAUUUGUGUGGAGUCCAUUGCCUGCAGCCUAGCCUACUAUUCGACCUGCAAUUCCAAGAUGCCUUCCUACAAGGUGAUUUACUUCAACGGCCGUGGGUACGCCGAGACCACGCGCAUGAUGCUGGCUCAUGUCGGCCAGGAGUUUGAGGAUGUACGGUACACUCAAGAGGAAUGGCUCGAGCACAAACCGAAUGUGCCUUUGCAGCAGCUGCCUAACCUGGAAGUCGACGGGAAGAUCAUUCCCCAGAGCCGGGCCAUACAUGGCUUUGUGGCCAGAGAGUUCGGCUUGAAUGGUGCGAGCAACGAGGAAACAACUAAGAUCGACAUAAUCUUGGGAACGCUUGAAGAUAUUAGCAGGCAUAUGCAAAGCGGUGAGACGGACGAAGAGAAGAAGAAAGAAAAGUUGGCCGAAUUUUAUGCGCAGACUGCUCCCAAGUAUUUAACGGGGCUCGAGAAGAUGCUGGCAGACAACAAUGAUGGUGACGGAUUCUUCGUCGGCUCUAAGAUCUCUCGUGCUGACAUCUUCUUUUACGUCGUCACGGAAUACCUGGCCGAGGAUGAACUCAAGAAGUACCCUAAGCUUGUUGCUCUCAAGGAGCGCGUCGCCAAGGACGCCAAUAUCGCUGCUUGGCUGGCCAAACGUCCGCAGACGCCGUGGUAGAAAGAUGAUCCAGAGUACAGCAUGAUUGACAGCUUUGACAGUUGAUAAUUAUAGAUCGAUAGAUACAUUUGUAAAAAUCACCACAUUACACAAUUGUCAUGUUUGUUUGGUCAACUUGAUAUUAUAGACACUGCCACAAUGCACACGAUCAUUUCACAAAUGUCGUGACGUCAGUAAACUGCCAUUAAAUAUAUAAUUGUACUUAAUCUGAGGGAUCUGAGGCAAUAAUAUACAAGAUAAGGUGGAAUUUGAAUCAUGCUUGCGGUCAAUUUUUAUUCUUAGUAGUUAAGCAAAUAAACACUAUAUUUUCAGAGACAAAGAAUUGUUUAGAAGCAAAGUCGGUACGCUUUUCGUGAACUACUUCAGUUACAAGAACACAUACGGUCAGGAAGUUGAAUAGGGCUAUCCCUAACAGUCCUGAAGCCUCCAAUUCCAAUACGAUUUGCACACCCCCUAGGGAGUUGGGGUUAACAAAAUCUAAUAUCACCUGUUCAUUUAAAGGUGUUUUUAAUACCUAUACCUACAUUAUCUUUAAAAGCAGCUGUUCCAUUGAAUUAGAGGCUGAUGAAUGGAAAUUACAUAAGUAUAAAACCAAAUUUAAUUUGGUCUAAACAUUAAAGUGUCCCAAAGUUAUACUAUGAUACAUUGUAGCAAACAAGAUGGGAAAAGUGCCUGUGUGGACGGUAAUUCUGUCCCCCGUCCGGGGGACAGAAUUACCUAGGUAAAAGUGUCCUCCCCGGCCCGUUAAUUCUGUCCCCCUUCAGGUAAUUCUUUCCCCUCGAGGUUUGUCCCCCUAGUUUUGCAAUGCAGAAGGCCAGUAAUUCCCUACAUUGUUUUAAUGAAUUCAUACAAGCUAUACAUUUUUUUACUUUUUAGUAAGCCCUUCAUGAAGAUGAAUAAAAUUAACUUUUUGCUCUUUGUGAAAUAUGAACAAUAUGUUUCGAUCGACUCGGACUCGGAGUACGGUGAAAUUACAGCAAGGUCGUGCACUACAGUAGCCCUUUUCUACGGUGGACGCCUCAUUGAUAUAACGCCUACUUGGAUUGGUCUAAAUGGCUGCCAUCCUUGUGAAAUAGUUCAGUCGCAAAAGAACAGUCGAAAAUUUAACAAAAGCAGCUGUUCCCUUUAUGUUACUUCUGGGCUUAUGAAUAUGGAAAUUAUAAUAAGCAUACAGCGAAAUAUAACUUGAUCAAGGCAUAAUUACCCCCAAUUACAUUACAACAAAUAGCGAUGCAUUCCAGCGAACUUCAUGUAGAUAUUAAAGGGCCAGAGAGACAAUUUUUCUACAUUAUUUAUGACAAGCGCAUAUUUAGAAUGGUUUAAGACUUUAAGGGAGGGUGCUUUUUGAUGUGGGCCCUAUUCACGCGUCGGCCAUAUUGAAUUUAAAGUGAGGUAAAAUCUUCAUUUUUGGAACUUGCGAAGAGAAAUAAAAGCAAUGACAUAAAGUUAAUUACAUAUUAUAUCAGUCUGCUCUAAUGAAUAAUUUUUAAAUUUUUGAUUAAACAUACCCUAAUGUUUUAAGCCACAAAAAAAUGAAAGUGAGGCUAGAAUGUAUAGUCUGGCACCAUUCCAUUCAGCAGUUCACAAGUAAUAAAAUACAUUCAGGGAACCCAACCAAAAUGGCGUUCUCGUAAAUAAGAUCCAUAGAUCUUGUUCAUGCCAGUGUAACAUUAAUUAACAUAUUAUGAUUUUUGCUUUCAGAACUCAUGGUCGACUGAAUCUAUAUGCCAAUUUGGGGUACAGUGAGCGAGUGUCGGCUUAUUUCAAUCAAAAUGUUUACCAAUAUUUUUCCACCUCCAGUCCAAUUCAAACAGUUAAUGUAGUCAGGUUUCUCAAAAUGUUUUUAUUUUGUUUCAUCUCACUGCAUUUAGCUCCUUGGGACCAAAACUGCCAUUUAUUUCUUUUUCCUUUUCAUGGGAAAAUUUGUGAAUGGAGCGUUAAUGUGUGUGCAGCUUCUAAUCACAGUUAUGAAGUUUGUUGUUCACUUGGGCAACAAUUGUGAUUAAAUCAACAACACAAAAGCAUGAA